UGCCGGGUGAUGUAGUAAACAUUCCACACAGAGCUCUGCCAUCAAGUCAGCGGAAGGCCCACCACCACCAUCUCCACUGGCACCACCUCUCGACGGUCAUCGUCACCGCUACCUAAUUUGGAGCAACAGAAGCUGGGAAUGGUGGUAGAGAGAGGGCUAAGGAAGGUAACAAUUCCAAAGGACUAUGGAAAGGAAUGCAUUAAGAGUGAUUUUGAAAACAAGGGGACAGUAUAUGCAAAAGUCUUCACUUACUUCUGAUGAUGAACUCCCACCUCCAAGGAGAAGAAAGCGUUUAAGAAGGCAGAGGCAAUCAUAUACCAACACUGAAGACCUUAGUGAGCAGGUCAAAGAUAAAGUCACAUUUCCCUGUUCCAUCUGCCAGCAUGAAAUUGGCCUUUCUGAAAUUUUCUUCCAUAAAAAGCUACAUGAAGCUAUGGCCACACUGGGUUUUCAGUGGCUGGGUAAAAAGAAACCCACGCAGGAAGCAAUGGUUGCUCAAAGACAGAUUACAAUCACCAACCUCUUAACAUCUCUUACAUACCCUGAAAAAACCUUAGCGAGUGUUAAUCAUGCGUUUGAACUAGUUUUGAAGAAACACUUGCCAGCAUACUAUAAGAUUAUUGAUAACAUCCACAAGCGCUACAUAUAUUCUAAAAAACUCUACCAUAUAUUAAUUAAAAGCAUAGCCGUUUGUAAUGACAGGAAUUCUACAUGGAGAGCUGAGAUGCAUGAUAAAUUCACAGUAGUUAGGAAGUUUGGCAAUAAACCCGAUGUGUGUUUUUUUGGUUUGUUUGCGGGGUAUGAUGGUGCCUCCGCUGCAGACCUGACAUCAAGGGAACUCCCAAUUUUAUUUCUCCAUCAACUUUCCACACGUGAUCCUUCCUACCAAAUGACCCCUGAAGAACAAAAUGUAAUCGAUUCCUUUUGCACAGUGUUUAGGGAAGAUUACACAGCUAUAGAAGAUUUCUUCUCCACAAAGAAAAAAGUAAAAGCAAUGGAGUGUGAAUAUGAGGAUAUACACAAAGCCUUUGCAAAAGCAUUUUGGAGAAUGGAUAGGCUUUUACGUCUUGGAAGGAAAGAAGAAUCCAGGGUUCAGUGGAGUGGCUGUUCUGCAGUUGCUUGUAUGCUGGAAAGCCGGAGUGGAAGUUUCAGCGACAAGAAAAAUUUGAGAAGCACGCAUGACCUCGGUGGUUUGGCACAGACCUUCCCUUCUCAGAAGACAUCACAAUUAAUUUCUGGAGUAGGAGUACUGCACAUUGCAAACACUGGUGAUGUGGAAGCACUCUUAUGCAGAAAUGGGAAAGGCUUUUACCUAACCAAAGAACAUACUACAAAAAACAUAAAUGAAAGAAGACGAGUACUUCAGGAAGGAGCAAUAAUUAGUCCAAAUGAACCACAUGGGCUCCUAGAAGGGAAAACAAAUAUUACAAGAGGACUUGGAUUUCAUGGAAAUCUCAAACUGAAAAAAUUCAUUAUUCCAGCACCUCAAACUAUUUCUGUCCCUAUAAAUAACUUAUGUCAAUUCCUAAUCUUAGCCACUAGUGGACUUUGGGAAGUUCUGGAUAUGGAGGAAGUCACUGCAAUGGCAAUAACAGCAUUUCAAAUGUAUAAAGAAAGAUACUGUUCUACCAAAAAAAGCAAAUACUUGUCAUCCAAAGGGUCUCUCACUUUCCCAAUCAAAGUACCAAGGAUUAGUGAAUUAGAAAGUAAUGCCCAGAUACUGUUUCAGUCUAAAUCUGAAUCUACAGAAGGUAUUUCAACUAUGAAUUUAAAAGAAUUUUUGCUAGAUCCAAAAUUUUCUACACAUUUCACAAGUAACCCUAAAAAAUUAGAAACAUUUCUACCAGAAGUGACUAAUCGUGAUCCUUACAUGGAGAAAGAAACUUCUGGAUUGAGUGGUAGAGAUGGUGUGUCUAAAGAUUCAAGAGAACAAGAAAAAGAAUCAUGCACUAAGAGUUUCUACAAAGGUGCAGCCGAGCAUAUUAGCCAGGUACUUGUAAAUGCUGCCUUCUCAGCGGGCUCCAGAAACAACAUUACCGUCAUGGUGAUACUUCUCAAGGGAAGUGAGUAUCUGGCUCUGGCAUAAAAGAUAAAGUUCUAAUUAUUCAGAGUGCAAAAAUACAACUCCACAAAGGCAUUACUUCAGUGGACCAUAUUAUUAGGGUGAUAUAUCAGUAACACGCAAAUCAUUUUUAAGAAUGUAAUAAAGAAAAUGUCAAAGCAGAUUUUAGCUUAUACUUUACCGUUUAUGUAUGUUCACUUUCCACGUCAAAAAAGAGAAAAAGCCAGUACUUGCUUUUUAUACCACUUUAUUCCAACCUGAGCACCUCAUAUAAAACUAAACACUGGUGAACUGUUUUCCUUACUAAUCCUGAAUCACUGUAAAUGUACAAGUUCUGCUAACAGUCCAACACUUAAAUAGAUUAAAUCAUCUGACACAUGGUAGGUUUCAUAUAAUGAAAAUACCUAAAACAAUUAGUGCAAUAUACUGAACUGAUCAAAAAGAUGAACUUUGGGAAACAAGGCUGCAAGAUUGUUACUAACAAUUCGCAAUACUUAUGUUACAAAUUACACAUACAUUGUUUAUUAUGGUUCUAGCCUGUGUAGGAACUGAAGCCCCUUUUUUCCAAAGGGGGAGAGAAGGAAAAAAAUUAGCUGUUUUAGUAACUGUACAUUUUGUAUACUUUUAAGCAACUCUUAAAUAUUACAGAAAAGUAAUAAACAUAUAUGAAGACUACAAUGCAGUACCCUAUUUACAGUACAGCUGAAGAAUGAAUUUAAAAUAAUCAAGUUUGAAUGUACAUAAUUGUUAGUGCACUGACUAUCUUAUGUCCAAAGGGAACAGAAGCCCCUUCUCCCUGCCCUCGAACAGAAAAACCUAUGUAAUGGUCAGCAGUGAUUAAACAGAAUCAUAAACACCUGCUUUCUCU